UUCGAGCUAUUCCCAUUUGUUUCGAGCUAUGGUCGAGUUGUGUUGUUUUCCCUUUUCAUCCUCGCUUCUUUAAUCCUCCCCUAGUUGCGAUCAACCGUGUUUUCUAUCCUUAGAAAAUACGGGCGUGACAAGAAGUUCCUUAUUGGCCAGGCCAGCCUCCCCGCCACCCAGCACUACUACCGCAACGGCACAGUGGAGACCGCCAUGGCGACGCCCUUCUACCCGAUGGCGUCGCUUGUGUGGUACCAGGGCGUGUUUGCUGCCAUCACAGUUAUACUGGUGGCGGGGUCGUUGUUGGGGAGGAUGAAUAUCGGAGCGUGGAUGAUGUUCGUCCCGCUCUGGCUCACCUUCUCCUACACCGUAGGAGCUUUCAGCCUCUGGGGUGGAGGCUUUCUCUACCACUGGGGUGUCAUGGAUUACUCUGGUGGAUAUGUCAUCCACCUCUCCUCCGGUGUCGCCGGCAUCACGACUGCUUUUUGGGUAGGUCCUAGAACGAAGAUUGAUAGAGAGAGAUUUCCCCCAAACAAUGUGCUAUUAAUGCUGGCGGGGGCAGGGAUGCUGUGGAUGGGGUGGUCGGGGUUCAACGGCGGUGGGCCCUACAGCGCCAACAUAGACUCGUCGAUGGCGGUGAUCAACACCAACAUCUGCGCCGCCACCAGCCUCCUCGUGUGGACGUGGCUCGACGUCAUCUUCUUCGGGAAGCCCUCCGUCAUCGGCGCAGUUCAGGGGAUGAUCACCGGCCUUGUUUGCAUCACUCCGGGUGCAGGGCUUGUUCAAGGGUGGGCAGCCAUAGCAAUGGGAGUGCUCUCCGGCAGCGUGCCGUGGUUCACAAUGAUGGUUAUCCACAAGAAGUGGUGGCUCCUCCAGUCCAUCGACGACACCCUCGGCGUCUUCCACACCCACGCCGUUGCCGGCUACCUCGGCGGCAUCCUCACCGGCUUCUUCGCCGAGCCCGUCCUCUGCUCCCUCUUCUUGCCCGUCACCAACUCCCGUGGCGGCGUCUACGGCGGCGUUCAGAUCCUCAAGCAGAUCAUUGGUGGCGCAUUCGUCAUCGGCUGGAACAUCGUCGUCACCUCCAUUAUCUGCGUUGCGAUCGGCCUCAUCAUCCCGUUGCGCAUGCCCGAGGAGGAGCUGCUCAUCGGUGAUGACGCCGUGCACGGGGAGGAGGCCUAUGCUUUGUGGGGCGACGGGGAAAAGUACGACAACACCAAGCACAGUGGCACGUCGGACGAUCUCACGCCGCCGCACAAGGCGUCUAGCGAUGCUACGCAGGUGGUUUGACAAAGAGGUUUAUGUAUCAAUUUUAUACUUAUGCUUUGCUUCAUGUGUGUAUAUGAACCUUUUCGUUUCUUGGGUCAUAUUUAUGCCAUAGGUUUUUUUACACAAUUGUUAAUCCGUUCUUUAAUUGAAUUGUAUCCAUUUUAUACUUCAGCCUCAUUAUACUUCAGCCUCAAAUACCAAAA